AGUGGGGAUGGCGGUAGUGGUGGUGGCAGUGUUGGUGGUGGAGCCGACGUUGCGGAGAAGGAGGAGAGGCCACCGGCUUCAGAGAGUGUCGAGCCGACGGCCGCGUUUGACGUCGCAUCUCUCGUACUCUACGGCUCGCGCGCACUACCGAUCCGCCUUAAGAUCUUGCUCGAUCAGUUGUUCAACCAGUUGCAGCACGCGCAAGUGACACGUUUACUAGCCGCUUUCGGCUGGACGUACGAGGAUUACACGCGGGGAUACAUACUGCAGGAUUCGCAGAACGGCCCGGUGCUGGACCGAUGGAGCAUCUGCUCUCCUGAAGAGGAGCCGCUGGUACUUCAGCAGUUCCUCAGAUUCGCCGAGACGCGUCCAUUCGUGCAGCAGUUGCUGCUGGCCGCCGGGACGCCGGGGACGGAUGCUAUGUCACCAAGCAGACGACCUUCGCCGCCGACGAUGCCACUAGCACAUUUACCACCACCUCUACACCUACUCCACUGCGGUCUCCCGCCUCCAGGCUCGAGAUUGCCACCUCCUCUGCCACCACCGCCGCCGCCACCCUCCGUCUCGCAUCCGUCGAUGUCGCCCACGGCCCAAAAACACUACUCAUCUUCGUCCGGUGGAAACUCGGCAGCGGGGGUGACGAGUAGCGCGAAUUCACCGCCGAGAAGCCUAGAUUCCCAUCUGACGGUAUCACCGCUCAACCGACUGCAGAGCAUGCAGCCAUUCGACUUUCGGAAGCUAGGAACCUUAGGACUGCCGGCGUUCCCACCUCUUCCACCACCACCGUCGGCCGAGCAGCUGUUGCAAAAUAGAAAAUCCAUGAGAAAUCCACAGAGCCCGCACAGUCCGCCCCACCAUUCGAGCAGCAACCAGCUCCAGAGGCCUCACAUGCCUCCCGUAGCGCCGGUCUCUUCUUCCGCGCUUAAUUUCGGACAUCCUCUCUCGGUGGCGGUGUCUUCUGGUGCUCUUCCUCCCAGUUUCCCUACUCAUUUUCCACCGCCGCCAAUGGGCAAGUCGUCAGGCUCGGUGACAGGCAUGACGGCGCCCGCGGACGUGCACAGCGGAGGCGAGAAGAGCAGCGAGUUCGGUUCGGAGGAAGACGAAGAGGACGACGAGAAUUCGGACAGCGCGCUGAACCUUAGCAGGCGCGACUCCAUGUCUAAGCACGUUACCGAGCAGCGACACCCUCCUCCACUACCUCUCCAAGCUGCUCCUUUAGGCAGGCCACCCGGAAUCCCCGGAAGAAAGCCUCACUCGCCAGGCAAACGGCCGGGCAGCCAAUGGGGCGCGUCCGCCAAUAUCCCUCCGAAUCUUGGUACUCCGUUCAUCAAUCCUACCACCGGGAAGAAAAGAGUGCAGUGUAACGUCUGUCUGAAGACCUUCUGCGACAAAGGCGCGCUCAAGAUCCACUUCAGCGCGGUACAUCUACGCGAGAUGCAUCAGUGCACCGUGAAGGGAUGCAGCAUGAUGUUCAGCUCGAGGCGAUCGCGCAACAGACACAGCGCCAAUCCAAAUCCGAAACUACAUUCGCCUCAUCUGCGGCGGAAGAUCUCGCCGCACGAUGGCCGCUCAUCCAUGGCGCACGCGCUCGUUCUACCACCCCAAGUGGGUCUACCUGUUCCAGCUACCGGUCUCAACCAUCUUCCCUUCGGUUCCUUUCCAUUGUUGACUCCACCUCCCGAUCUUCGAUCGCCAGCUUCGCUGUGCGGCCUCGACUUCAAACACCUGGACUUACAGUCUCAGAGUCAGGGUAGACCUGGCUACGACGAGGCUCUACAGCAGAGGAUGAACGCGAACGCGGGUAUUUCGACGACCACCGCGCUGACUACCGCGGGCGUGGCGAUGACGACCGCUGCAGAGACGCCCAACACCACCGCUGCGGCUAGAGGAUCUUUCUCUAGCAACAGCGUGGUCGACACGGUGUCACCUUCCACUCAGGCCUCUACUGCGGCAGUAGAAGGGGAAGAAGAGGAAGACGACGACGAUGGAGGUAUCGUAGUUGUAGCGGAAGACGAUGCGAGCAAUCUGCCUUCUAGGCUACCUCUGCGUCCCGGAGAGGACGACGAUGAACAGCCAGCCGACUUUAGUUUGGCAAAGAGACCGAAAUUGUACUUCGGCGAUCCGACGGAGGAGGAUCUCGCGAGCAACGCGGACAGCAACGAGGACAACGACUCGAUGGGCACGAUCGAUCAACAGAGCUACUCCGUGAGCCAGAACUCGAUGAACUCGACGUCCUUGCACAGCAGAGGCGUGCGAAAGAGAAAGUCUCAGCAUCCUACUCGAUGCGCCGUUUUAACCGAGGUUCACUCUUCGUCCACGGACGGAGAUUCGUCCAACGACGAGGAACGAGUACAAAGACGUUGUCUGUCGGAGGGUGCGGGAAUCUCGACGAUAAACGACUUCCAGAGCCAACCGGAAGAUAUGUCGAUGUCCAGAUUGGAAGCAGAGGAACGGAAAAUCUCUCCGAGUUCUCCAAAGAAUCUGAGCUUCAACGACCACGAGUCGAGCUCCCGUUCGCCUGAAACGUGCAACGCAAGAGAUGGAACGAGGACGAACGGCGGCGGUGGUAAACGCGAUACGGCGUCGUCGCAGGAGAACGCGGAAGAUCUGUCUCAGGACGAGCCGCGGGAUUUGAGCUCGAGAGCGAGCAGCGUGAAAUCGCCGAAGAGGCAAAUCAGUCCAGAGCCAAAGACGUGCCACGAGCCGGCGGAAACUCGUGCUACAGAAGCCGGCUCAAUUUCCGUGGCUUCGAUCGGUCAGAAAGAUCCGAAUUCCUCCGAGUUGGCCGAUCGACGGAAAAGCGAGAGCGAGGAGGCGACUAAGGAAGACGAAACAACGACGAGAGUGUCGUUGAAGAAGGAGAAGGAGCCAGAGGAGAAGGGGAAGGAAGAUGAAAACCAGGAAGAAGGUGAUGAGGAGGAGGAUGAGCCGAUGGAGGAGGUCGAGGAGGAUGAUGAUGAUGAGGAGGUGAACGCGGCGCUGCGUAAUCAAGAAGGUGAGCGUCCCGAUGAUCCCUCCCGUGCCCCGAGCUCGGUCGACAGCCGUCCGACGACAGCCGACGACCUCUCCCACGACUCCUCGACCAACACUUUGCGUCAACUCGAGUCCUUGUCGCAGGGUCGCGCGAUGCAGUACACCGGGAUGCAGCAGGCGGCUUCGAGGUCUGGCCGCGGCUCUACCAGCCCCGUCAGCCUCACGACGCACCAGGAGACCACCAUGGACAAUUCCUCACGUGGCUCUCGUUCAUCCAGCGCCUCACCCUCCACAGCGGCCAUGGAUACGGACAAUAGCCUUAUCACCUAUGCCCGUUACGAGAACGGUGGCUUUGUCAGCACCCAGGAGGUUCCCUUGGACCGGGAGAAUCCGCGCCGUUGUACUGCCUGUGGCAAGGUGUUCCAAAACCAUUUUGGGGUCAAGACGCACUAUCAGAACGUCCAUCUAAAGCUGAUGCAUCGCUGCAGCGUGGACGGUUGCAACGCAGCCUUCCCCUCCAAGAGGUCUCGCGACAGGCAUUCGGCUAACUUGAACCUCCAUCGAAAACUCCUGUCCACGUCGUCGAGUCCGCCUCUCUCGUCCAGCUUGCCACCAAGCUUAUCACCCAGAGUAGACGAUACCCAGAUGAAUCCGUUGUUGCACAACGAGUUCCUCGCGAGAUUAUACACGGACGCGGGCAUCGGUGCUCUCGGAGCUUAUCCUCUCACACCUGGACUACCGUCUGCCGUUGAUCUGGCAGCCAGAAUACCGCCCCCGCAUCCUCUUUUACUGCCACCUCACUUGGGAGCUACCUUCUCCGGCCUGUCCUCGUUCGCCUCUCACCUGGCCGGUCUGAACGGGCUUACUCACCAGCAUCUCAACCAUUUGACCAGGAUGUCGCAGGACCAGGGGAACAGACAUCCUCCCGGGUCGGGUUCGCCAAUGUCCUCGCCGGGUUCCGAUGACCGAAAGGAAGAAGCCAGAUGCACGAUCCCUGGCUGCGACCGGGUGUUUGGCUCUAGAGCGGUCAGGGACGCCCACUCGAAGGACCCACAGGCUCAUCGCGAUUUAUCGGUUCUGUCGACCAGCGGCUCGUGACCGAUCUCCUUCCGCGGACGCGAUUAUUAUCCCUUACUGUGAUGCCAAAACUGCGAUCGUCGAUGAUCUCGAUCGGAACAGGUCAGCGGAAGACUUGGCUCGCGACUUUGACCGAGUAUAUCCAGUCGUUCGACGAAAACGUGCAAUAUCGUGGAUCCGAUACCUUCUAAAGAACCGGAAUCUUGCCACCCACGCGGCUUCGAUAAUUCUGUCAUAGUCGGUCUCGAGCACAAAGCCGAUCUCGUCGCGGUUCGAUGGUUGCCGGACACGUUCAGCGAAAGUACUUAAGAAGCAGGACCCAGGUGAUUCGAAUCGACCGUUUCAUUCUCAAAUCUUGCCAGCGACAGUGACAAUAUCCUUUGGGGCAACCUGGGAUGGUCACUGACGCGUUCCAAUCCCGGUUCUCGAGUUAGUUUUCGUGCAAACGCAAGGUGCUCCAAUCUAGUCAAUUCGGAAACCCUCGGCCACGCCGCUGGAAUCGGAAAAAUCGUCCACCUCGCCCAUGUAGCCGCGCUUGAUCGGACACAAUCGUUCUUCGAGGUCCACGAACGAAAAAUCGGAAUACACGAAAGUCUCCGAACGAUCGAAAUUCGUAAGUCGAGAGCCUAGCGUGGGAGGUACGUCCGGUCCCGUGAAGGUUCCUGUUCCAAUUCGCGUAUCACGCAGCAUUAAACGAAAAAAAGAAAGCUGGUCGACUGAGGAGAAAUAUUCAGCGAAUCGAGCUAGUUCCUCUGCUCGUUUCUUUCCCUGAUGAUCGAAGGGGCGGUAGAAGGAGGAGACGAAUGGAGGGAGUGUGGAGGUUAGAUGAAAAAUGGAGCGACGAAUGGAAAGAUCGAACGCGCCCUCGUUUCGGUCUUCCGGCUGAUUUUAUCAUCGUUGUGAUAAACGUAACGUUUAGUAUAAAUAUGCCACUUAUUUAAUCAGUAAUCAAUUACUACUGCUGUAUAUAUAAACAUAGUACCUUUUUUCGAUGUAUCGCGUAAUUAAUCAAUUAAGCUACUUCGACGCGACCGAUGCGACGCGAGGGAACGGAAAUGAUGACGAUAGUUUUGUAAAGGAGAACCGAUCCUGGCCGGGAUAUCGAACCGAUCCAAGACGGCGCCCUACGCGUUCACUGUCGGCUACGCUAUAGAUAUUAAAGUGCCCAGAACUCUUAAUCCUCUCGUCGUUUUCCGAAUCAUUAAAUACGAAUCACAAUGUUUUUUUACUGUCUUUGUCCGCGCAUUACGAUUCACGUGUAUAAUUGCAAAAAAAAUCAGUGCAUCAAGUACCCCGAAUCAUCUUCGAUCCUAGAUAUCGACACAGCUCUAAACACAGCCCAGAUUACCUCUUAAAUACUAUCCUUCGAUGCUAAAUGCUUUCAAACACUCCUAAUCGGCAGUGAACGCACCGAUAUGCAAAACAACGAGUAAAGAAUGGUAAAAAGGAAUGAUCGAGUGUAGAGGUCCGAAGCGAUCGUCGCGGCGAGCAAAACGGCGGGCAAACAGAUCGAUCACUGAAUCAAAGCUUACGUCGUCUCGCGCUAGAUAAAUGAGAAUAGAUAGAUUUUAUUUAUUGUUUCGUAGGGGUCCUACACGAGAACACACGCUGUACCAGCGGCCAGUAGCGGGCACUGCCGCGGAGAUUUCCUUCCUACGUCAUCGAACGAUCGCCUGUCGUUCGAUCGUAGUCGAUUGUCGAUCGAUCGUAUUGGAAAUAAUCCAACGAAUACAACACGAUAAAAAUACAAAAAAAAAAACGUGGAAGAAAUUUUGUACGAUGUUCGAACGACGAUCGACCGUCGUUUCUUUCUUUUUUCUUUUCGUUGUACAUACAUUGUAUACCUUAUUUUCGUAGUCUGUGCACGUGCGUGUGAGUAAAACGUCACGCGUCACAACCAGAAUCUGCGUGCGAAUCGACGACAAGUGAAAGAAACAGGGAGGAGGGCCGGAAACAGGUUCUUUUUGUACGCGCCUGCGCCCAAACGAUUUUUCAUGUUUCUCGGCUAAGAAUGGCGAUGUGAAAGAGAAUUGAGAAAAAGGAAAAGAAUAAAAAGAAAUGAUGGCAGCUCGCGACAUACGACGAACCCACUAACUAAUUACUCAUCGUAAGGGCGAACCAGAAUUUACAAUUGUAAUUAUGUAUAAACGGAAUGCUAUGAUGUAUGAUAUUAUAGAUCGAUUAUAAAGAACACUCAUCUUACGAAAAUAAAUACCAAUCGAAAUCA